AUAUUUCAAAUUUUGAAUACAUCAUACAUGUCAAUAUUCCAAAUAUUUUAUAGGAGUAAGCAAUGAUUCCAUUAAAGAAAUGGCCACCCCGGUUAUGCUAGUGCUUGUCGACAUCCAAUUCUUAUCUCAACCCUAUUCCAAAGUGGUCUGCCAAGUGCCAUUGCCAGUUCCACCGUCUGGAAACUCAGAUUACUAGACCAAAUAUUCUUUGGUCUUUUACAAGUUUCCUUUUCAUUUGAUUUUCAUCACGUUAAAAACUACUUUUCUUCCACAACUCAGUUUCCCAAUCCCCAGGGGAACCAAAACCCAUCUUGGUUCUCAUCAGGGUUUUCCUUUGAGGAUGGUUCAAAGAAAGGUGGCCAACAAGCUUGGUAUCCAACACCAAGCUGAUCAUAUUAAACCAUCAUCUUGUCAGCACCAGGAUGUCAAGAACAAAGGAAGUGACUUGAAGAAAAUAAUGAAAAAGUGUAGAUCAAUCAAGGUCUCAGAACCUAUGCCUUUGAGGAAAACAAUUUCUCAACCUGGAAAACCUCCUCCUCCGGUUCACAGCAAGUCGUUGAUCAAACCUAUCAAUGGAUCACCAAACUACAUGAAGUCCACUAGCAGUUCGGAGGCCAAAAAGGAGACCACUCAGGUCAGUUCCCGGAAUACUCAAAUUGAUUUACAAUUAGAUAGCAAGAAUCUUCGUAGUCGUAGAAUGAGUUCGACUUCUGGUAAUAAAUCUGCUACAAGUUUGACGAGGACAUCUAGUUUGAAACUGGUGAGGACUUUAACAAAAACUCCUAGUUUUAAGCCUGCUAGAACUUCUGCCAAAAAAUGUUCCAGGGUUUCUUUAUGUUCAGAUAUGAACGAACGGAAAGCUACCUGUUCUUCGACUUUAAAGGAUUCGAAGUUUCCGGCUUAUCUUUUGCUUAAUCCCGGUGGAACCGAGUAUGAAGGGACUUCGGUUAUAAAGGUCUGCCCUUAUACUUACUGCUCCCUCAACGGUCAUCACCACACUCCUUUGCCUCCGUUGAAAUGUUUCUUGAAAGCAAAGAGACGUUCAAUGAAAACCCAGAGAAGCAUGAAGAUGGAAGCUUUCAGCCCACGUCUAACAAAGCCUUCUGGUGAUGGAACAGAGGAAUUUGACUCCCCUGUAAACUUUUUCGUUGAAAUCUAUGCAAACAAUGCAAACAGUAAAGGAGAUGAUCAUGAUGUUGAUGAAGCAACCGGGGGAAGCACACAAAUGAACGCCCCAGGAGCGGAUGGUUCUAGAUGUGGCAAUGAAACAGCGCUGGAGAGUCUAUCUCAAGGUUCACUAAACUCUGAGUCUCAGAUUGGUUUUGAUGAAAAUCUUGAACAUUACAGUGAAAUUAUUUCUCAAGUAGAUAUCAUCGAAACCCAUAACGAAGACCUGAAACGUGAUGAUGUGGACGAAGAGUUUAGAGGAAUCGCAGCUAAAGAAGAAUCAUCUCCAUGGAGCUUUUAUGAUGGUGAUAAGCAAGAAGGCAUUCCAAGCGUUGAUGUGGACCAUACUAUAUUUGAAGUUAUUGAAAUGGAGUGGGAUGAAUGGUCAUUUUCGGCUUCACAUUCUGGCGAUGAAACCCAUUUUUUGACGGAGUCUGAUCAGGGAAUUGGGGAUUCGUCAGAAGACAGUGACAGCAACAUGACGGAGGAGGCUUCCGAAGCAGGUGAAGAUGCAAAAUGUGUCGAUACAUGCAGCCAGAUAUCUGAAACCCUAAGCUAUGACCAAGUUUCCUCCACCAUCAUGGAUGAAGAAGAGGAAGAAGAGCACACUGAAAUAGAUUUACAUGGGGAACUAACAUCAGGCAAAGAAAAAAUGUUGGAGAUUGGAGUUCCUGGAACAUUUAAGGAAGUUUUUGAAGCAGAUUCUCCACUACAAGUUCCUGAAAACAUCGGCACGUUUUAUCUGAAAGAUGGAGGUUUUGAAAAAAUGGAGCCAUUUCAGUUGGAGCAGGAAGAGAUAAAUGAAGAUUACAAUGAGGUCCAAAAAUCAGGAGAUUUAGAGGCAGCUCAGACAGUCACUAUCUGUGAUUUAUGUCCUGAGAUGGAACUUCCAAUUGGGGAAACCGGAGAAAAAUUCAAAGCAGGCAAAGAUGAUAAUGUGGCAGAAGACACUCUGAGUGAAGUUAAUGAUGCAUCUCAUGAUGUUGUUGAUGAAAUUCAUUUUGCCGAGAGUCAAGCUCACUUGGAAGUGGCAGCAAGCGAUCAAAGUAACCGUAAGCCAAGAAGCAAUGCUAUUGCUAAGGAAGACCUUGCUGACAAGCAUGCCUACAGGAAAUGGAGAAUCAGGCGCAAGAGACGUGAAGACGAGUACGAGGAAUCAAGGGACUUCAACCCAAGAGAACCAAACUUCCUGCCCAUCGUUCCAGAGGAAGAUGCAGAAAGGGUUGAUCUGAGGCAUCAGAUGAUGGAUGAAAGGAAAAAUGCAGAGGAAUGGAUGCUGGAUCAUGCACUCCAGAAAGCAGUCACCAAACUUGCUCCAGCUAGAAAGAGGAAGGUUGCAUUACUCGUUGAAGCCUUUGAAACUGUCUUGCCGCUUCCCAUUACCAAAUGUGAAACUCAUUUCAAGCAUUCCUCAACAAGCUUUGCCCAUGGAAGAAUUCAAGCUUGUAACUGAUAGUUUUUCUUCAGGCAACUGUUUAUUCCAUUCUGUGUUAUUGUUUAGUUUAAGCCUAAGUUAUGGAUGAGUGUUAGAAUUUGAAAAAGCUGGAUCAUAUCUAUGGUUUGAUGUCUGUCAUGUCUGUUGUUAUGUACUUGUAAUGGUGACACUAAGUUUAUGUUUUAGAUAAUUUCUACUC